AUGAAGGAGAAGGUGUUCUGCGCUGUUCCGGAAGGCGUCAAGAUGGAAGGUGAUUUUGACUGUCUCGAGCUGAUCAAGGCGAUCUACGGUCUCAAGCAAGCCUCGCGUGUUUGGAACGAGACCUUCGACGAGUUCAUACGCUCGAUUGGUUUUCAAGCGUCGGGAUUCGAUCCAUGUCUCUACAUCAUGACUUCGGAAGGCCAUUGUGUUUUUGUGCUGGUCUACGUGGACGAUGUCUUGGUGACUGGAAGCUCGCUCGAGAUGAUUGCGCGCACCAAGAACGACCUCAAGACACGCUUCGAGAUGAAUGAUAGCGGCAAGUGUGCAUUGUUCUUGGGAUCGAGUUAUUGGACGGUGAAGAUGGCAGCGUGA